GUUUGUUGAUUGGUUCGCUGCGCCGCCGCAUUUGCAGUCUGGGCAGCCGUUCGUAGCUGACCGCCUUGUGGCCGUUAUCGGUGCUCCGUGCCGUUUUCGUUGUGUUCGCGCCACGGUGAAACCCCCUCAGUCCGCGUCAGAAUGGGCGUCGAAGUGCAGACCAUCUCUCCCGGCGACGGCCAGACAUUCCCAAAAACUGGUCAGACAGUAGUGGUCCAUUACACAGGUACCUUGGCUGAUGGUUCCAAGUUUGACUCCUCACGAGAUAGGGGCAAGCCAUUCAAGUUUCGCAUUGGCAAAGGGGAAGUGAUUCGAGGCUGGGACGAAGGCGUUGCUCAGAUGAGUGUCGGCCAGCGAGCCAAGCUGAUCUGCUCUCCAGACUAUGCCUAUGGAGCAAUGGGCCACCCUGGCAUUAUCCCGCCUAACGCUGUGCUCACCUUCGACGUUGAACUGCUGCGGCUCGAGUAAAACUACUGAUUACUCCACGCCCUGCAAGCUUUUGGAGCAAGCACUGGCAUUCAGCCGGUCACUGUCUUCGCUCAUCCCUUCCCCUAACCCUUACCACCAAGUGUUAUGUUUGUUUUGUUUGUUUUUGUCUACUCCUUGCCCCCAGCAAAGUCUUGGACAAAGGCCUGGCCUUCCUCUUGUGGGCAGGCAAAGGGCAGCUGUGUCUGCACCAUACAUCAGGCCUCCUCCAAACAGUGGACGACACACUUCUUCUCUGUUAAACAGCAUCCAAGAAAGGGAAUGUUUUUGAGAAACGAGAUGCACGCCCACUCGCUUGACGCAUUUUGUUGCCGGGCUGUACAAUGCUCAUCGUGCCCAAUGAACUAGCCCAAAUCGCGCGGGAGACCAAUUGUUUCCGUGUCGAGUUGCCGUUAGUGACCCAGGCCACCUUGUGAACAAAAAGAAUGAGCUGAAUCUGAAGACGUUGCAAAAGCCGCUGUGGAAGACGUUGCAAAACCACUGUGGACAACACUGCGGUUUUGCGGUUGCGCAAAACCGCAGUGUUGGUAAUACCAGGGUGGUCUGCUGUCUGAAGACGUCUGCCAAUCGCCGCCAUGGUGGGUGUGCAUGCUACAGAAUCAACAGUGUGUGUGCCUUGCCAUUUGAAAUUUCGUGCUUUGGCAGUGUUUUGGGAUGGCUGACCACUCCUCGAAAGCGUUUUGACGUUUGGACUGGUCUCUGGUUGUUGGGGACGUGGUGUUGGCACGUUGAUGCUGCACUGCCACACUGCGCCCCGGAACUAUGCACCCUCUCCCGUGCCCUGUACCUGUGUGUGAAAAAUAGAAAUGUUCUAAAUGCACCUCA